AUAGAACAGUUUGAUACCUAUGUUAAAAGAUUUGAUUUGUUUUUCGUAUUCCUAAAAUAAGCUAGUUUACGUAUCUCUGACUGAAAAAUGGCAACAUAUUAUUUCGUUAUUAUAGGGCACAACGACAAUCCUAUAUUUGAAAUGGAGUUUACGACAGUUAAUAAGGAAAUGCGUAAAGAAGACAGUCGACAUUUAAGUCAAUUUAUUGCUCAUGCUGCGUUAGAUCUAGUGGAUGAGCACAAGUGGAGAACAGCCAAUAUGCAACUCAAAUCUAUCGACAGAUUCAAUCAGUGGUUCGUGUCAGCAUAUGUAACCGCAAGCCAGAUUCGGUUCAUCAUCGUACACGACAACAAAAAUGAUGACGGCAUAAAGAACUUCUUUAAUGAAAUGCACGAAACCUAUAUUAAGCAUUCCAUGAACCCAUUUUAUAAAAUCAAUACUCCUAUAAAAUCACCGAUCUUCGAAAAGAAGGCGCAACUCUUCGGGAGAAAGUGUUUACUAUCGUUGUAAAUUUAAUAGUAGAUGGGUAAUCCGAUUUAAGGGAAUUUUGUAGAAUGCAGGUUUACUUCGGAUAACACCUGUAGUAUCUGUUAGUUGGAGGCUCGUACAAAAGGGAAGGAAAGGAAGGGAGCGUUGUACCGCCCACCUAUCCAGCUCGAAAUAGAAGACCAAAGUAUUCAGUCGUGCCUCUUCAAAAUAAGGAAAAUCGUUGAUUUUGCUUACAAAAUGCCACAAAUAUUUAAAGUACACCAAAUAAAAGGACUUUUUUGCUUGGACCAAAAAUGUUGUAACAGAAUAGGUACAAAUUCCCCAGAAAGUUUUUCGGGAAUGAUACCCCAGCAUCAUGCUGUCCUUGGCCAGAUAUCUGGAUCGUUCCCUACCUUCAUAGGUUCAACUCCGGCUACGCUUACCACAGUAGUUUUGCGCGAACAUAUUAUGUUUGGUAAUUCUCUAGUAUAGGGUAACAACCCCUAAAAAAAGGUCCGGAAAAGUCGGGAGGGGUACCAAACGACACGCUUCGGUCCCCUUAUUAACAAUCCGGAGGGGGAGGGCUAAUAUUAUUAACCAUUUAAAAGUUAUAAACAAAAAACUUUGUUGAAUUUCGUUGUUUUGUAUGGGCAAUUACCCCGACAAAAAUUCACUAAAUCACCUGUUCUCACUUUUUAAACACUUAAAAUAU